GGGGGGGAGGAGAGGUUGGGUCCUCGAGCUGGGAAAGGGGGUGUGUCCGCACGCGGGGGCGCGCGCCGGCCUCGGACUGGCUGCGGCGGCGGCGCGAGGAGCCUGAUAAUGGCGGCCUGCAGAGCCCGGGAGAAGGAGAGGCGGCGGCGGCGACCCUGAGAAACCUUGACAUUGAAGAUGGUGAGUAGCCAGCCAAAGUACGAUCUAAUACGGGAGGUUGGCCGAGGCAGUUAUGGUGUGGUGUACGAAGCAGUCAUCAGAAAGACUUCUGCUCGGGUUGCUGUGAAGAAGAUUCGAUGCCAUGCCCCUGAGAAUGUUGAGUUAGCUCUUCGUGAAUUCUGGGCCCUUAGUAGUAUCAAGAGCCAGCAUCCCAAUGUGAUUCACUUAGAGGAGUGCAUUUUACAGAAAGAUGGCAUGGUGCAGAAAAUGUCUCAUGGCUCCAACUCAUCUCUUUAUUUACAGCUCGUAGAGACUUCACUGAAAGGAGAAAUUGCUUUUGAUCCCAGAAGCGCCUAUUAUCUGUGGUUCGUGAUGGAUUUCUGUGAUGGAGGAGACAUGAAUGAGUACCUGUUAUCCCGGAAACCUAACCGGAAAACCAACACGAGCUUCAUGCUCCAGCUCAGCAGUGCUCUGGCUUUCUUGCACAAGAAUCAGAUUAUCCACCGUGACCUCAAGCCCGAUAAUAUCCUGAUUUCUCAAAGCCGAUUGGAUACAAGUGACUUGGAACCCACACUGAAAGUGGCCGAUUUUGGUUUGAGUAAAGUUUGUUCUGCUUCUGGGCAGAACCCUGAAGAACCAGUCAGUGUAAAUAAAUGCUUCCUUUCCACUGCAUGCGGAACAGAUUUCUACAUGGCUCCUGAGGUUUGGGAAGGACAUUACACGGCCAAAGCAGACAUCUUUGCUCUUGGGAUUAUCAUCUGGGCAAUGCUGGAAAGGAUCACCUUCAUAGACACAGAGACCAAAAAGGAGCUCUUGGGGAGUUAUGUAAAACAAGGAACUGAGAUUGUGCCAGUGGGAGAGGCCCUUUUGGAAAAUCCCAAGAUGGAACUGCUCAUCCCUGUGAAGAAGAAGUCCAUGAAUGGUAGAAUGAAACAGCUUAUUAAAGAAAUGUUGGCUGCAAACCCUCAGGAUCGUCCUGACGCAUUUGAGCUAGAACUUAGAUUAGUCCAAAUUGCUUUUAAAGAUAGUGGCUGGGAUACGUGACACAUGGAUAUCUGGGAAACCCCUUGGAUGACAUGCUGCUUCUGUCUGAACAGGGAUGCAACAUUUUGUGGCAGAAAAAAAAGGAAUACAUAAGGCUAAACCCCUACCUAAAGGGUUUAGAUUUUACUGUGUUUUUUCUUUUUAAAGAUUUCUUAAGUCUGAGUCAGCCAUUUUGUUAGUAUGUUUUAAAUGUGUAUUACCAAUGUGUGUGUAAAUUUUUAAAAUUACCAUUGGUAGAAAUUUGACAGGAAAAUUCUGUAAGAGCGUAAGAGCCAAGGAAAGAUGAGAGUCCAGCUUUUCUGAGAAUAUGUUGCAAGUAUUUUAGACAUUCCUUGUCAGUAUUAGGAACUUCCAUAGAAACAGUGGUUUACAUGCUGGUCAUGCAAACUGUGAGGCUUUGUAAAGUAAACAUAUAUGUAUAUAUUUAUGUAUAUGUAAGUAUGUGAAUGUGUGCAUUUUGCAUUCCAUAUGAAGAAAAUGCCACUUCUGUUUAAAUUAUUUGAUGUGGGUUGGGUGUUUGGGAUUUGCUGGUGAAUUCAGUGGUGGAAAAAUAAAUGAGACACUUCCCCCCAACUUUCUCCCUCUGUCCCUCCCUCUGAUGAAAUUGUGCGAAGUUUUUAUUUUUAUAUUAUGAGACUUUUUUUUUUUAAAAAAAGCACCAUUUUGGAGGGUCUAAGACUGUCUUAACUUGGACAUAAAAGAACAUCCAAGCUAUAAAUAACAUUCAAAGCUGUUGAGAUAUGUUUAAGCUGAAUUCUCAUAGUCCAGUCCCUGUAGCUGAAGGAGUUAAUUACAGCAUCAUGCUGUCGUGUGGUAGCAGGCUGGCAAGGUCAUUAAUCAUUCAAUCCUACACUCUUUUAGGUAACCAGGCACUCAAUUAUCCAAUUAGGCCACAGCAUCAGGACAUGUCUGUACCUGUUGCAUCUACAUUCUGGUAUAAACUUGAAUACAGGAUUGUUGUAGUUCUGGAAACUUGGCAUUAAUGCAGUUUCAGUACUUGAUUCAGUGACUUCUGGGGUCUGGAGAAGUUGUCUAAGUUUUGAAAUGCUAAGGUGGAAGCCCAAACAAGCUCUAUAGUCUGGUUUGCCUGCCCUGAUACGGUCUCUUGUUGAAUCACUGGAGUCCCUUCCAUUUUGGCACUGAUGCUGUUUUCUGUUGUUUAAUUU